AACUCUGUGACGUCAGAACAUAUCGUCCAUACUUCCUCUGAUUCCUCUCUCUAUUUUAAGGUUCCAGCUGAACAGGACAUCUAGGGGCGUGUGACACGCGGCCUUUCAUCUUCUUCUUCUUCUUUUACACCUUCUGCACCUUCUGACAAACGAAGGCAGUAUAUAUAAAACCGUAUGCAGAAUUCUGGUGCAUUCGAUCAGAAGCGUAACUCACAUCUACCUGUACCGCACCUGAUAAACCCAGCGAGGGUUUACACCUGUGCAGAAGAUCCGGCAGCGUCCAGCAGCAGCACCACCGCUCAUCACUGGACCAACAACUAAAUCAAAGAGCACCUAAAGGAGCUUCUCUACCUGCUGCACAGUGUAUGGAAGAUCUGGAACUACAGUUUGGACUUCAAAGACCAAAGCUUUGAGUUCCUCAGGAACUCUUUGGACGCAGCUUCACACAUAAUACCCAGGACCUUCACGUCUACAGAUGAUGGACCUAACCCUGCCUACUCGUCCCACACUGCUGCUGAUUGUCCUAAUGACUUUAAUCCUGGCGACGUCUGCCUUCCCUCAACCUCGCCUUCAACCCCUACCGAGGAACUCACCUCCUGCUGGUCCAGACAAUUCCAAACAGGAACAAUGGGAAGUUCUGUACCCGUCCAUCUCACUCCGUGACUGGAGCAUCCAGAUGUUGUCUGCCCCAGACUUUGGUGGAGCCAAGUCCAGGACCGAGCAGCUGGGUCUGGAGGAAUGGAACCCCCUGAGCCAAUCACCAGUAGAGGAAAAUCUGGUGAAGGCAUGGCCAGUUGACUGGUCACAGAGAAUGGGCAACCAGGAAAAGAGAAACAUUGUGGUGGCAGAUGAUGCAGCAUUUAGGGAGAAAAGUAAGCUUCUCACAGCAAUGGAGAGACAGAAAUGGCUAAAUUCCUACAUGCAAAAACUGCUGGUGGUUAACUAAAAGCGAGUGAAUGGUCUGUAAAAGAAUGCACAUUGCAUGUAUAAAUAAAGCUGAAUGUGAACUGUG